GUUGCUUGUGGGUGCUAUGUGUCAUGACCUUUCUCGAAAAAUCAUGGAGGCAAAGUGAAAGAAAUCCCGACGUCUUUGCAAAAAUUCACGAUUUUCUCCAAUAUACGUAGCAUCAAGACGUAAUUGUGAGUCAAAAUGCUGACCCAAAGGCUUAUGCGCCUCACAAUUUCCUCAAAGUCGAGGUUUGUCCCUGCAGUUUGUAGUAAUACGGUUGGAGGGAACUCGCCAGCAGUCAGGGAUGGCGGACAACUUCCAUGUGUAGCAAGGACACAGCCAAUCCACACCUCUAGCCAAAUGCACGUCCAACAGAGGCAUGCGGUGAAACGUAAGCAGAGGGAGAAGAAGCUACGAGAAGCCAGGAAGGUAAAAAUCAUCAGCCAGCUGGAGGGACUGGAUCUGACUCAGUUUAAAGUAGGUUGGGAGAAGAGCAAAGAGUUACAGACGGCUGAUGACACCAUCAAAAGAAUCUUCAGUCUUGAGUUUGCCAGCAAUGCUGAAAAGGUGAAUUUCCUGAAACAAGACAUGAUCAGACGGGUUCAGAAGCAUCCAAAUGACAACAACUCACUUGAAGUCAGAAUUGCAUAUAUGACAAUAAAUCUGCGAGCUCUGCAAGAAGCUCAAGAGAAAGACAAGAAGAACACCUUUCAGAAACAGCUGAUGCUCAUCAAGCAACAGAAGCGGGACAAGCUGCUCCGGGAGCUCCGCAAGACGAACUACGAGAGCUUCCAGCUGGUCUGUCGCGAGCUCGGCAUCACCCUAGACCUCAUGGACUCCGAGCAGGUCCUAAGGAAAUUGACCAAGAAAGGACAGCUGCUCCAAGAACACCGACAGAAGAUCUUCGCAGAAAUUCGCAGGAGGAGAAAAGAAGAGGAAGAGGCAGCAGCACUUGCUGCCUCAGAGGAAGGGGAGGGGGGCGAAGCUGUAUCAUCUACUCUUACUGUAGGAAAAUAGCAGAAGUGACCACUUUCUAUAACUUCUAUGAAGCAAGCAGUGGUAAAAUGUCCUCAGUACAGUACCAGUGUCUUAUGAAGUUUCAUUUGCUUGUACUACAUGUAGUGUAUCAUGAUAAUUUGAUUUGAUACUAGUGCUAGAGACCAAUAAAGAAUUACAGGUAGUGCUACAUUGUAAUACUAAUACUAGUACAAAUGUAGUAAGAACUGGGUGACAGAUUUGCAUUGGUAGCAUGGAUGAUACAGUCAAACCUGGCAGGGUAACCACCUGGUGCAGUCAACCAUCUCCAGUCAUAAGCCACAUAAACACCGUGUUACAACCCACUGUUCUGAAACAACCACCUCCAGUCAUAAGCCACAUAAACACCGUGUUUCAACUCACUGUUCUGAAACAACCACCUCCAGUCACCAACCGUUACGUACUGCUUAUAAGGGUGAGCUUGAAAGUCUUUUUUCGUAGCUAAAAGAUCUCUCUCAGACUGUUAAAAUUGAGAUGAAGUCAAUAAAGUACUAGUAGUACAUGU